CGUGUUUUUAAAGGUUUUGAUUGCGCGCGUCUUCCUUUUAGCGUUUUGAAAAAUACCUACAUGCAGGACAUCAAGCGUAACAUUUUGAAUAGUUGUUGUCAUAGUGCAGCUACACUGCAAAUGUCAGACGAUGUAAGGCUUCUUGUAGGCAUACAUUUAAUUGAAAAAGAGGAGCAUUUGAUAUUGGAGGCAUACACAGGUGGGCGGCGAGCCAAUCACGCAGCGCGUCCUCUGUUCCGUGUUUGCAAGUGAAGUCACCCCACAAGUGACAAGAGUGUUGCAGUUCACUUCACAACACUCCGACCAGGAAGUCUUAAAACGUUGCUGCCUGUAUGACCAUGUUAUUUUUGCAGGCUGCACACACAGGCAAUCGCACAAUGUGACUUGUUUCACAAUGAGUAAAAGGAAAGGUAAAGUGAUCAGUGACCCGACAACUGUUAAGAGCCAUAGAGUAACAGUUGGGGGUCUGGAAGAUGCACCAGAUGAUAGAAACUAUCAGGAACCAUCUUCCAACAAAUUCACUCACACGGGAGACAUCGGCCUCAUUGAAAGCAUCACUGUCAAGAAUUUCAUGUGUCACUAUUUGCUCGGUCCGUUCCAGUUUGGGCCCCAUGUGAACUUCAUCGUCGGCAACAAUGGAAGUGGAAAAAGUGCCAUCCUGACAGCUUUGAUUGUGGGCCUCGGUGGAAAGGCCACUGUCACAAACAGAGGAGUGUCACUCAAGGAUUUUGUGAAGUUCGGUGAAAAUACCGCAGAUAUAACAGUGAAACUGAGAAACAGAGGACCAGACGCUUAUAAAAGGGACAUCUAUGGCGACUGCAUCGCCAUCCAGCAUCGGAUCUCAGUUGACGGAUGUCGGACCUGCAGGCUGAGGAGUAAAUCAGGGCAACUCAUCUCAAACAAGAAGGAGGAACUGACGGCCAUUUUGGACCACUUCAAUAUCCAGCUGGAUAAUCCAGUGUCCAUUCUCAACCAAGAAAUGAGUAAACAGUUCCUGCAUUCAAAAAGUGAAGCAGACAAAUAUAAGUUCUUCAUGAAAGCAACUCUGCUUGAACAGAUGAAGAGGGAUUACAUCCACAUCAAACACACUAAAACAGUCACACGGCAGCAGGUUGAGAGACAAGAGGAGUGUCUCAAGGACCUGAAGCAAGAGUUUCUACAGAGGAAAGAACGAUAUGAAAAUUUGUCGUCCUUCAGUGAGAUGAAGGAGGUUUUGGAGAACCUGAAGAAAACAAUGGCAUGGUGUUUGGUCAGAGAGAAGGAACAGUUGGUACAACAAUUGAAGGAGGACAUUGAAAAGGAAGAGAAUAAUUACACACAUCAAUACAACCUUCAGCUCUGUCAGACUAAGGUCAUACAAGUAGAUAAAACACUUCAGUGCAUCAAAAGCAGAAUUGACAGUCUAAGAGAAGAACAAGAAUCACUAUCAGAGGACAAUCUCAAGAUGAAAGAGCAAGUGAAGGUCAUUAGGAAAGCUCACAAGGAACAGGAGCUUGUUUACUUUCGGGCUCUGAACAAACUCAAACAGUCAGAGCAGGAGCAAAAUCUUCUCCUGGAGAAAAUUAACAAGGCAAAAACAAGUGGGAGCCUGAACAGUGAGGGAGAGACAGAAUAUAUGAAACGACAGAAGACGUUAUCCCGUCUGAAAGAGCAGCUUGCAGAGCUUGACGAUCAGUGUUCACAGCUGAAUCAUGAGAUCAAAAACAACCAUCAGGCUCUUUUCAAAGGAAAGGAAGAACAGGACAAACUGAGACUGGAAGAAAGGAAUAUCCAGGUUGCCUACGAGUCCAAACUGAAGAGGAAGAAUCAGCUCCUCGCCAGUCGAUCAAACAAGCUGAAAAGAUUCGGAGAUCAUGUGCCCGACCUGUUGGGCUCUAUCGCUGAGGCUUAUGCAACGGGACGCUUUGUCAAGAGACCUGUUGGUCCAAUAGGGGCGUGCAUCAGUUUGAAGGAUCCCGCGUUAGCUGUGGCGGUGGAGUGCUGUCUGCGGAGCUUCAUGAAGGCUUUCUGCUGUGACAAUUACAAGGACGAGGCGGUCCUUCAGGAGCUCAUGUCUCGCUUUUAUCCGAGGGGCAACAGGCCACAGAUCAUCGUCAGUCCUUUCUCUGAAAAAGUUUACAACAUUCAUGGACGGAAGGCGUGUCAUCCAGAAUACCCAGCUGUACUGGACAUAAUCACAGCAACCAGCCCAGUCAUCAUCAACUGCCUUAUUGAUAUGAGAGGGAUAGAAUCGAUUCUGAUCAUUAAAGAAAAAGAAAGAGCGAGGAGGGUCAUGCAGCAAGGCUGGCCGCCCAAAAACUGCCGUGAGGCCUUCACUGCUGAGGGAGAUCAGGUGUACCCGAACCGUUAUUACACCUCUGACUUCAGCAUGGCAAAGUUUCUCGGUGGGGAUCUCGAGACUGAAAUAAGUAUGUUGGAUUCAGACCUGGAGAAUCACCAGGCUCAGCUGUCCAGGUUUCAGCUCCACGUGACCUCUGUGAGCGAGGACAUCCUGACCAUGGAGAGCAAGCUGAACAACACCAUCAUGACCCUGAAGAAGACUCUGGUAUCUGUGAAUGAAGUUAAAGCAACGAUAACUGAGCUGGAGACUGUUGGGGACGAGCAGAUUGAUGACAUCAACUCCUUGGAAGAAGUCGCUGCAGAGAACCAGCAGAAAAUCGAGGCAGAAAAGCAAACGGUUCAUGAAGCAAAGACAGAAUUCGACAAGUAUCGAAAAAUGGCAGAAGACGCAGACUCCAAGUAUUCGUCUGUCAGAGAACGAAUUGAUCAGCUCUCUGAGGACAUGGAGCCGUUGAAGGAUGAGCAUCUGAAGUUAGAGGCGGAGUGUGGAAGACAUGAACGAAACCUUAAGAUCUUCGAACACAAACUGAAGAUUCAUGAAGACAACAUCCAAGCUAUGAAAAGUGAACUUUCCUCAAAAGAAGACGAGUUACAGGAAUAUCUGGCCAAAGCCACUAAGAUCAGCCCCGAACGGCAGCAGGUGACCAGCAGCACCAAGAAGAUCGACAUAGAAAUCACUCGGCUGAAGAAUAAGAUCAGAGUGUACGAGAGCAACUAUGGUGAGCAGGAGCAGGUGGUCAGGGAGUACGCCGAGGCCCUCGCUCUCUACAGAGAGAAAACCAACCAAGUCAGAGAUCUGCGGAAAUUCAUCGAUCGGCUCGAUAACAUCAUGUCAGACCGGCAGAACAGAUACAAAAUAAUGCGUAGGUCACUCUCUGUGAGAUGCAAGUUGUACUUCAAUAACUUCCUGAUAAAGAUGAACUGCUGUGGCUCCAUGAUUUUUGACCACAACAAUGAAACACUCUCAAUCUCGGUAAAUCCUCCUGGCAGGGAGGAUGAUGACGUGAGUGACAUGAGGUCCCUCUCCGGUGGCGAACGCUCCUUCUCCACCGUCUGCUUCAUGCUCUCCCUGUGGGAGAUCACCGAGUCACCCUUCAGAUGCCUCGAUGAGUUUGACGUCUACAUGGACAUGCACAAUCGGAGAAUCUCUCUGGAUCUGCUCCUGGAGCUGUCAGGGCGGCAGCACCUUCGACAGUUUAUCUUCAUUACGCCGCUGACCACUAGUAGUCUACCCAGAACUAGUCUUAUCAAAAUCCAUCAGCUUCAGGAUCCGGAAAGAGUGCCGAGUCAAACAGGAGAUGAAGAUGUUUGAAGUGAUCUCCAGUGAAAUAAAACAUAAAAAGGUGACAUUUAUGUGCAUGAUUACUGUAUAUUUCAGUGUUAUUGUGUGUGUUUGGGAGUUGCUGCUUGUUAAUGUCAUUUUAUCAGUUUGUUUGCUGUAGAUAAAUUUGUGAACGUAUUAUGAGACAGAAAUUAUGAUUGUGUAAUGAUAUUGAUGUGCUGGCUGCAUACAGAGGUACUUUUACUUAUCAAGCUAACAUUUGAUUAGUUUUUUCACCCUGAAGGGUCUGUUAUUGGUCUAUGGUACCAGCAACACCGAUGUCUCUUAAUAGCGGCGUUAUCAGCUGAAACUUCUUUGGUCCGUUUGGGUGUUUUAACAAACAUUUAAACAAAAAACUAUGAAUAAUAAUAAUGAUAAUAAAUCAAACAAUCCAAUGACACAAAACAAUCAUUUAUGUAACAAUAUUUAUGUUUUUACUUAUGUAUCUUGGAGGAAAACGGGGGAUUUUGAUCUUCCAAGCACAGAAAAUAACAGAAUGGUCAUUGAAACAAUCAGAAAGCAGCUCUGACUCAAUAAUCCUGCCUGCAUGAGGAACAGAUAUCAAAUCUAGCAGAAGUGAUGAUGUUUCAGUAACCCUGGUAGGUUCGGUAAUGAGUUGAGUUAAAUUUAUGUUAUCAAAUAAGCUUUUAUCAUUUGAAGAGGAACAAUUAAACCAAUUUACAUUAAAGUCCACUAAAAUAAUCAAAAAUGGAUGGACAAUUAAGAGAGAUAAUUGUAGACAAUAAACAUUUAGUGGAUUCAAAAGGUGCAGAUUGAGGUCUGUAGAGAUUCCCUAUAAUCAAAUGUUUAUAAUGAUGAAAACUUAUCUUAACAAAAAGACUCUCAAAACACUCAAUUUGAGGAAGAACAAGUUGUGACCUCAGUCUAGAAGUGACAUAUGUUGCCUCCUCCUCUACUGGCACUAUCUGUUCGAAACAAAACAUACUCAGUUUGGAUUUCCUCAUCAGAAAUACUACUGUUGAACCAAGUUUCAGAAAGAGUGAUAACUUUAGGUCUAUAGUGAGAAACUCAGGCUGUCAGAAGGUCAAUUUCCUGACUUUUAAACCUUUUACAGUAUUACUGCUGUAAAAAAUAAUUUAAAAAAUGGUAUGAAAAUUGCGUACUCUUAGCUGGUCAGCUGAGAAAAGGAAGUCACACCAGAGCGCAAAACACAAAUGUGUGCACACACAGACAUAAACAAGACAAAAAACGCACAAACAAAGAUUUACAUGUAAAAAAAGUAUAAUGUCACGAGAGAGACACUUAGUCUGAAUAAACUACAGGGGAUAAAAUGCAACAAAGCAUUUAUCCGUCACAGAAAACUCUCACUCCAUGAUGAUGAUGAUAAUAAUAAUAAUAAUAAAAACAAGGGGCUCAAACAGGAGAGAGAAAGUAAAAUGCACAGAAUUAAAAAUAGGACUCAAGAAGAGCAGUCUUGAGCACAGUUUGUUCACAUUAUUUAGGACAGUUCCCGAAGGUCAGUAGACCAAUCCAGCAGGGUAACUCAGUUCAGGUCAUGUCUAGAUGGUAACCCUAGAUUUGUGAAACUCUCACAAGAUUUGCACGUGUUGUUCUUUUAUUGUGCACAUUGUCAUUGUACAAAAUAAUUAUGUUUUAUGAUGCGACUGGUUAGGUUUAGAUCAUGGUUUCUUUUGCAAAUCUAGGGUUACCGUUUAGACACGAACCUGCGAACGAGUCAAGUCAGUUUUAUUUAUAUAGUGCCGGGAAAUUUUCUCAGGGCACCUUGACAUGGAGCAGGUCUAGACCGUACUGUAUAAUUUACAGAGACCCAGUAUUCCCCCAAGAGCAAGCACUUGGCGACAGCAGCAAGGAGAAACUCCCCUUUAACAGGAAGAAACCUCGAGCAGAACCAGCUCUAGCCUGGUCGAGACGGGUCAGGUGGGUGUGUGGUGUAGAUACUGCGAGUCUGCAGAUAGACCUACUUGCUGCAAACUGUAAACAGUAACGUUAAUGUGUCAUCCUGCUGGAUCGGUCUACUGACUGUCAGGAACUGUUGUAAAUAAUCUGAACAGUCUGUGAGCAAACCUACUCUGAUUGUGUCUAGAUGGUAACCCUAGAUUCAUGAAAGAUCCAGCGACUGAUCAUUUUAACCCAAACCAUGAUCUUUCCCAAACCCUA